AUGAAUGCCGCCCCAGGACUUCUUCCACCACUGCUUCGCGGUUAUAGAGGAAACUCGAUCCGCCUUGUCAGCACUGCGGCCACUACCAGUGGACGUGAAAGUCAGACUAUGUGCCUACCCGAUGGCCGUACUCUAGGAUUCGCUGAGCAUGGGCGAUCCAGUGACUACCCGCUUCUCUUCAUGCAUGGAUACCCCAGCUCGCGCCUCGAGACGCUAGGUAUGGAUGAAAUAGCCCAGCGCCAUAAUAUUCGCAUCAUCUCACCAGAUCGCAAUGGCUAUGGUCUUACAACUUUUGAUCCCAAUCGCAAGAUCCUGGAUUGGCCAGCUGAUGUUCAAGCAUUGACCCAGCAUCUUGGGUUGACCCGCUUUGCAGUCCUCGGCGGUUCUGGUGGGAGUCCAUACACCUUAGCAUGUGCAUAUCGCUUGCCCCCAGAGAUGCUCUCAGCAGUUGGAAUAAUGGGUGGUGCAGGUCCAUGGGAGGCAGGGGCUCACCACAUGUCUCUACCAUACCGAAUUAGUGCUUUCACGGCACACUCUUGGCCCUCUGCCUAUGGAGGGGUCCUCGGUCUUCUACUCUGGAUCCUGAGGAGGGCCUUGUCGUCGCCUUCUGCAAUUAAGCAGAUAGAUGAUGCGCUCGCUAAAAAUGUGGGAGAACAGGCAUCAGACAAACCUGCUGCUGAGUUAAGGGAAACCAUAGCUCGCCAGAUAUUGGAAGCUUUCCGCCAGGGUACAGGCCCAGCUGUGUACGACGCUCAACUGCUGACAUCCAGCUGGGGUAUCAAAUUUGAGGAUGUGACUUACAACAAGAUUAGAAUUUGGCAUGGAACAAAGGAUGUAAAUGCACCGGUCGAGAUGAUGCGGUAUCUUGCAGAGCGUCUCCCUCACUGCGAGCUAAAGGAGUUUCCUGAGGCCACACAUUUUACACUCCAGCGCUACCUUGACCAGAUUCUUUCGGAAAUGGUUCCAAAAUAA